AUGCUUUUCUCAAUUUGCCUUAUGCCGAUAACCCCAAAGGGAUUGACCAAUAUUACGAAUUUUGACAGUUAUGUUCUUGGUGACAAGUCUAUACUACAAGAUGUUGGGGUUCAGGACGUGAAGGAUGUGGAAGCUCUGCCCCCUCCUCCAGAAAUUAAGGCUAACACCCAGGCCCAGAAAUAUGAGGGAGACGUUAGUUACUUUAUCUGCACAAGACCCGGGAGAGGUCCUGUUCUACUACCUGAUGAAAGUCAAGCUCUUCUUUGCCUUGAAACUGGAAUGCCCAAAUAAAGGCAGCAUUUUUUAGGGACUGGCUGCAUUUGAUGUGGUCCCUUCGAGGCUGACUCAGAAUUGUGAGAACCUUGAGUACUGUGGUCUCUGACAGUGUACUGAACUGUGCUGUGAAAUGAUUCUGUCAACCAUUUCUUACAAAUUUGCAGCUUGAGUUUCAUUUCUCUGGUACCAGUAAUUUAGAAUUCGUCUCUUAUCUCAUGAAUGCUUAUGUAAUCACAUAGUCGUGAAUGAGUUCAACA